AAUCACUUGUAAUGCUCACAUGAUUUUUGUUAAUAUAAGAUUUAACCCGGAGUAUCCAGGAACAGACAAUAUUUUUUGUUUAAAGUGUUUGUGAACUGAAGCUAAUCCAAGACAUCACCAUGAGAUUUUUUCUCCUUUUGGCUUUAGUAACGGUCAGCCUUUUCCUCACUAGCGCUAUACAACCACUUGGAAAAGGCUACAACAGUCACUGCAUGUGUUUGAAGCUGGAGUCCAGAGUGAUCCCACAACACAGCCUGCGCAGUGUAGAAAUCUUUCCUAGAGGCUCCCACUGCAAGAACACAGAGGUCAUUGCUGGCUUGGUGAGUGGAGAAAAGAUUUGCCUGAAUCCUCGGACUGCAUGGGUUAAGAAACUUAUCCAGUUCAUUGAGAAGAAAGAGAGAGUGAUAAAGAAAGCAUAAAGGACAGCAAAAGAUGAAAUAUGGGCUAUAAUAUAUAAUCAAAACAUGCACAUAUUCAGAUCAACCUGUGUGUACUAAUACUAUGGUCCGUUACUACUAGACUAAAUUAUGAUAAUAUUAUGAUUUCAUCAGGAGCCAAUAUGGUGUUUUAAAUUUAGCCUUUUCAUGCUCUUUGAAAUCUUCAAAGCUCUUUUAUCUUAAAAAAAAAUAAUAAUAAACUCCGUUGUCUGUUCACUUGCAAAGCACUUAUGAGGCAAGGAACCUGUGAGCAGUUCAGAUUAGUAAUGGAGUGGGGACAUAAUAUUUACAACAAUACUAAUAUAUUUUGUUUAUUCGUGUCAUGCUUGAUUUAUUUAUAUGAAUGCAGUAUUUAUUUCUAACAAUGUCAAAAAUGGUGGUGUAAUUAGCACGUGUGCCAAUAAUCCCUUACAUCUACACAAGUCCAGUUUCAUAAUACCUGUUAUAUCUGUAAGGCUAUUCAACAAAUCAGUUAUGCUAGUUUUAAACUGAUCUUGUGAAAUACAGCUUAUGAAUCUACGAAUUACGUACAGAGCAUAGUGUCUGAGUUAAACAUAGAAAACAACAGGAAAAAAAAAAAGCAUCGGUGACACACCAAGGAAUAGUAAAACCACCAUCAUCCAUUUGUUAGUCUGCAACCUCCAUCACCGUGUGACCUACUAUAAGAACAAUUGAGUUUUUACCCAAAAUGUGAAUUGUCAAAUGAUUGUCAAAUUAUGUCAUAACCUGAAUUCUUUUGGAAUCCUCAUUUCACAUUCAUUUCACAUUACCUUUUCUAAAAUUGUGCAUGAAAAUAAAUGCAAUAGAAUAAGAAA